AGCAGAACACAACGUCAGCAACGAUGGCAAAGAAGAGGAAAGCUGGCGGCCAACCGUUUGGGCAGAACGGGAGCAAGAGCGCACAGAAAGAGAAUUCGAAGCUUAAUAUCAACACCUACGAAGACGUCGCCGACUCUGAGGAUGAAUUUCAUAUCAACCAGGACAAGGUAUUGCUGGACGAGGCGCCCGAGGCCAAGCGGAGGAGAAAGUGGAACGAAGAGGACGAGUUCCUACAGCCAUCGGACGAAGAAGUUUUAGCGAUAUCUGGGGACGAGGACGAAGACCUGGAGGAAGAUGAGGACGAUGACAUGUCAGACAACAUAGACAUGGAUAAGAGGCAGCAGGAAGAGGAAGAUGAAGAGGGCUGGGGUCCAUCAAAGAAGGAUUACUACAACGCCGACGCUAUCGAGACCGAGCAAGAUGCGCUGGAUGAAGAAGCCGAAGCCAGGCGGAUACAACAGAAGCAACUGCAAGGCAUGAGUGAGGCAGACUUCGCAUUCGAUGCGGACGAGUGGCUAGGUCAAGAUGCCGAGGACGCUAAGCGCGCUGAGGACGAUGAUGGCGAUGUGGUGACGGAGGUGCUACCACAACUCACAAUUACAGACGAUAUGGGGGCUGAGGAACGUCUAAGAUUACUCAAGACCCGAUACCCCGAGUUCGAUCAUUUAGCCAAGGAGUUCUUAGAUCUCCAACCACUUCACGACGAGCUGGCACUGGCUGCUAACGCUUCGGAGACCCUACUACGACUCCGUAAAGGGCAUAAUGGCCACAUCAAAGACUCUUAUCCAUCCAAACGACCCCCGAUGGCAGUUUUCAAGUACCAGGCGCUCGCAGCAUAUCUAGCAGCUAUUGCUAUGUACUUUGCCCUUCUCACCUCAACGUCCACCCUAAAUGGUUCUGUGCAAACAGCGAAGUCUCCUGCUGAGUUGCGAGAUCAUCCAGUAAUGGAAAGCCUUGUACAAUGUCGGCAGCUAUGGUCAAAAGUUAAGGGGAUCAACACGGCAGAUCCUAUGGUCGAUGCUAUUCACAGCGGGGAGCUUUCAUCAAUCGAAGAAGAAGAUGACUCGGCAGCUGAUGUUACCCUAAAUAGUAAAACUGGCAAGGGUAUCACUGCUGAGAAGAGACCCCAGAGAGUAAAGAAGACCAAGGCACAGCGAGCGGCCGAAAUAGCCCAGGCCGAAGCAGAAGCACGUCGUGCUGAAAAAAUCCGCCAGACAGAGGAAGAACUUGCUGCACUUGCAUCACUGACGGAUAAGAGUGCACUUCGAAAGAUUCGCAGGUCAAAAUCGAGCAAAUCAGUUGCUGCCACAGGCAAUGCAGAAGACUCCGACUUCGGCGACGAAACUGAGAUCACCGCUCACGAACUCGCAGAAAAGGCCAAGAAAAAGAAGAGUUUGCGAUUCUACACUUCCCAAAUUGCCCAAAAGGCCAUCAAGCGAGGUGCAGCUGGGCGAGAUCAAGGAGGUGACGCUGACAUCCCUCACCGCGAAAGAUUCCGGGAUCGACAACUCAGACUCCAGGCGGAAGCAGAGAAGAGAGGUACCAUGAGAAAGGGACCCGGUGCUGAACUUGGCGGCGACAGCGACGACGAGGACCGUCGACAGGUCCAGGACAUACGUGGCAGAGAGGGAGGCGGUGACGACGAGUACUAUGACCUGGUCGCUGCACGCAGCAAAGACAAGAAGUCUGUGAAAACCGACCUUGCAGCAGCGCGCGCCCUCGCGGCUCGGGAAGGCGGCCGUGUGGUUGAGAUGGAGCAGAUCGGUGCCGACGGCAAACGCAAGAUCACUUACCAAAUCCAGAAAAACAAAGGUUUAACGCCACAUCGCAAGAAGGAGGUCAGAAACCCCAGAGUAAAGAAACGGAUGGCGUACGACGCGAAGAAAAAGAAGUUAAAGAGUCAAAAGGCGGUGUAUGCUGGAGGCGAAGGCAGAGGAGGGUACAAGGGCGAACUAACUGGCAUAAAACCGGGACUCGUGAAGAGCAUCAAACUUUGAUGUGGCAAUGGGGCGUUGGGUUGGAUCAGAUAGGUCGACCAAUAAGCAUCAGGACGGUGUAUCUACAUGCCAUGCACGAUAAUCGAUCCUGCAGUGAGAUUCUGCAGAGUUUACCCCCACUUCUCGGAUGGCCCAGAGUGGGCAUUUCACGGUGAAAUGAGGGAAUAGCUCACGUGUGUUGAUAAUGAAGCCUGC